AUGAUAUACAAGGAUAACCCUAGCUGUAAAAGCUCCUCAGAAGACUCUGUGUGCUCUGCAAGGCGAUUCGUCAAUCUUCCCGCCGAGAUCCUGGAACAGAUUUACCUCAACCUUGCGCUUGGAGACAGGUUACGACUCUUACAGACAUGCUCGACUUUACGUGAGAUGUGGGAAGAAUCUUCGACACUACAGUAUCAGUUCACCUUGGAGACUUGUGCCUACCUUGACAUACCCGAGGGAGGUCACUCUGAUUGGCACCCACCAAACGCGACUGACCCAGCGGAAGGCUCGUCCGGAACAGCUCGAGGCUCAGAUUCUGAUUCAGAGACGGAUGGAAUGCCCGGCGUAUCAUAUGCGGCGGUACGACGAGAUCAAGAUGCCUUGCAUGCGCAAAAUUCAUCAUCUUCUUCCAGCUCGCGGGAUGGUCCUCUGUCAGUCAGGGAGAAGACUGCUCUUCUUAUUGAUAGGGAGAGAAGAUGGUUCGAGCUUGAUCCCUCGACUGAAGAUCGGGUUCGUGUAGAUGGACCUGCUGGCGUAUACGAGCUUCAAGAGGGUGUCUUUUUGAUGUGUAAUGAUUAUUCUCAUCUUGAUGAAGGGCGACCUACGUCCAUUCGCUUGAUCCCCCUUCCAUCGGUUCGAGAUCCCAAGGGAUCGCGAGCUCGGAUCCAGACUCAUAAUCACAAGCUGCCUUUCUCUAUAGCAGACUUGACAAUGGACCCUACGCAGGAUUUGAUCGUCGUCAGCGAGCACAGGACCAUGACGGCCGGAGUUCCCUCUCCUACCCAUCGCUACCAUCUUUUAUCACUAUCCACAUUUGGUCCUCAUCCAGAGGCUGCCAUGCCAGUUCUCGACUUUCCACCCUUCUCUCAAGAGGAAUUACAGACUCGACAGCUUCUGCAGGUCCUAGACGAUGUAUUGGUCGUCCUUGUCUGUCGGUUCGCCGCUCCACCUUGGAUUCUCGCAGGCGUAGGUGCAGCACUUGCCGGUACGACCUCUGAUGAGGAAAUCGUCUGUUGGAAUUGGAAGACUGGAAAGGUACUGGCUCGAAUGCAAUUGCCAGACGAUGGAUGGUUUUCGUCUUUUGCUUUACUCACUCCGACCUCGUUCAUGCUCACUUCGACAUCCAAUAUCUCUCCCGUCUUACCUACAGAACCUCGGUCUAUCGCUUCGGUAUUCCCACCUGUCAUUCAAAUCUUCUCCUUCGCCCCGGAUCCCGAGCGCGAUGUCGUCCCUGUUCAACCUUUGGACUUUGAUUACAUGGACGACACGACUACUCGACCGUUUUUGGUGUGCCAAUUGGAGCUGCCUCGUUUCGCUUCCGGUGUCAUGAUCGGUGCUUUUGACGUCCGACCAGAUCCCGCCUUCACUCCUCGUAAAGGAAAGCCUUUUACGCAGGAUCCAGAGAAAGGCCUACUGGUCUUCGAUAUACAGACCGUCGUGGUUGACGAAACGCAACUUAUUCAUCAGCAUGCCUACGAGCUGUUUGUGUUGAGAGAGACAUUGGUCAAUUUGGCCAAGAAUGGAGAAGCGAGGUUCGAGAGGGCUAGAGAAACGUCCGACAGGUUUUCGCCAUGGCGGCUAGAGGAGAAUUUCUCGUGGGAAGAUUGGGGCGUGACCAACGCAAGAUUAAUGAAUGCUUCUAUGAAGAACAGGGCAUGGGUCUGCUCUUGCUCUGGUUAUCGAUUCAUCUCACUCUCCUCGACGCCAUUAUGGGAUGAUGAAGAUUCCGAGAUCACAGAACAGGGUCGAAGACCUCAACCCAGACGUCGCAAUCUCCGCUUGCUCGACUUCUCUCCGUUUAGUGUUCGCAAAGCACGCAAUGCAGUCGACCAUCCGCCAGAAGUGACAAUCAAAGUGCACGACACGCCCACCGUGCUACGUGGUCACGACUCGUUCGUCAAUGACGUUACUAGCGCUCUACCAUACGUCGAGAUUGUCAGAGAAGCUGGAGUCAGAGCCAAUGGAGUCAUGAUGGAUGAUCAGAGAAUCAUCGCAGUGUCGACUGUGGAUGGAAGGAAUGGAGAUUGGACGAACGUAAGACAGGACAUGACUGUUUACUCGAUGUAA